CCAAAGCAAGGGUCCGGGCGGAGGAAGUGACGUACGGCUCGGGCUGAAGGGCCGCGCUGGGGCACUGUGGCGGUCCUGGGGCCAGUACCCCCUAGCCUCUCGGAGGGGCAUGGGUGCCUUCGUCUUUCUUCUCCUUGUCCUCGUCGUGCAGGCCCGGAACGGGACUGAGAUGGACACUGCGGAGCCAGAGCCGUCCUCGGUGCCUGUACCAGCCAAUGUUAAAAUUGAGUCCUAUAAUAUGAGCCCUGUCCUUUAUUGGAAGUAUGGGGUCAUGAUGCCUACCCCUGUUUUCACUGUACAGGUAAAGAACUAUGGGAAUGGAAAAUGGAUUGAUGCCUGUAUGAAUAUUUCUCAUCAUGAGUGUAAUAUUUUUAAUGAAAUUAAUGAUCCAUCAAGUCCUGUUUGGGCCAGAGUUAAAGCUAGGCUUGGACAAAAAGAAUCUGCCUAUGCAGAGUCAAAAGAAUUCAUUAUGUGCCAACAAGGAAAAGUUGGACCCCCUAAACUGGAUAUCAGUAAAAAGGAAAAUGAAAUCAUUGUUGACAUAUUUCACCCAUUAGUUAUUAUAAAUGGAGAAGAGAUGGGACCCAUGUAUGAUUAUGAAGAUGAUUGUUACAAUUUCAUAUACAUGGUGCAUGUGAGAAUUAAUGGGAGUGAAACACCACCUCAGCAGGCCGAUAAUUGCAACGAGACUCAGUGUAGGUUAAGUAUUCCAGUGUCCUCACUGAAUGCUGAGUACUGUGUUUCAGCAGUAGGCGUCGCAGAUAGAUGGGAUGUUACAACAGAAAAGUCCGAAGAAUAUUGUGUUACUGUUUCAGAUAACAACACAGCAUAUCCCAUUUGGAUUCCAGUUGUUUCUGCUGUUGUAUUCUUUCUAAUACUUAUCAUCGUAUUCAUAUGCUGUCAGAUUAAGAAGAUAAAUCCUUUUAAGAGAAAAAACAUCACAUUACCCAAGUCUUUGCUCUCUGUUGUAAAAAGUGCCACUUCAGAGACAAAACCUGAAUCAAAAUAUGUAUCGUUGAUCACGUCAUACCAACCUAUUGCCCUAGAAAAUGAGGUGACCAGUGAAGAGCAGCUGUCUCCAGCAACAAUUUCAAGCAUGCAUACAGAAGGCAGUCCAGGAAAGGUAGAGCACGUAGAAGAAGUUUCUAGUGAAAUAGAAGUGGUGAGUACUGAAGAAAAUAUUUCUAAUGUGGUCCCAGGGAGCCCCGAGACGCCAGUAAGAAAGAAUUCUUUGCGUUCAAGUAGCAACCAGUCUGAACCCUGCAGUGUCACCUUAAACUUGUAUCACUCCAGAGAUGGUUCUGAUAGUAGCCUCGUGCAGUCGAACAGCUUAUCUGACUCUGACUCUCCCCCAAGUAAUAAAACGGAAAUAAAGGCAGAAGGACAAGACUCCAUAAUGCUGAGAAACACUACUACUUCGUUUGGUUACGAUAAACCGCACGUGUUGGUAGACCUGCUUGUGGAUGGUGGUGGUAAAGAGUCCUUGAUUGGUUAUAGACUUACAGCAGAUUCCAAAGACUGUUCAUAAAGCCAACUGAGAUGCACCAGCUUCAAAGCAUCUGAUUUCCUGACAGUUUUUCCACUUUGAUUUUAUAAAAAGAUGAUGAAUUGAGAAAUAGAAUCUUAGUUGACAGUAACCAGACAGAGUGUUUUGUUGUAGAUAAAAGUGUAAAGAGCCUGUUUGGCACUGUUACCUUGAAUCUGAAAACUACAAGAACUCGUUCUAUUUUUUCAAAAACAAAGAACAUUGUGUCAUGAGAAGCCUUCCAUCUAGAUGUGUUAGUAGUAACCAUGGACAUUCUGUAAUACUCGUGCUUCCUGUGAUGAUAGAUGUUAACGUCUUUCUAGCCAUUUAAAGAGCUGUAAUGCAUUAUUCUUUCCUGUGCCUAGAUAUGGCGUUUGUUUUUGAUAGUUCAUGUAUAUAGCACUUUUAAAAGCUUAAUUUCAAAAGAAAUGCUGAAAGCUUUUCAAAUUGUGGAAUGAAUAAUAGAAUGAAUAAAGGGUGUGUAAAUAGGAACAUUUUUUACAGAACAUUGCCUUUCAAGAUUUUUAAAUAAAAUACUUUUAAAACUUAUUUUUGUGUUCAUUUAUUGAAGCACUUAGGCAUUCUUUCAUAGUGAGAAUAUUUUUUAUCCUUUCACUUGUUUCCAUGCAUGAAAGCUAUAUACUUAUUUUCUAAAUGUUAGUAUCUAAUCUUUAAAAUAAUCCUAAAAAUAUUUUCCUCUUUAAGAAUGGUCCUUUUAUAUCUAUAUUUCUAUAUUUAGUACCCAGUGUGCAGAACACAGUUCUGAGUGAUUCAGAAAGAACAGAUUUAGCUAUAGAGCUUUAGGAACCUUUAGCAUAAAAGUAGGGGGUCAAAGUCAUGGGAGUGACCAAGGGAGCCCAGAGAAGCAUGCGGAGUGAAGAGAGAAUCACCAAGGAGAGGCCAAAACCCAUUGCCAUUGAGGCGAUUUUGACUCAGCAACCCUCCAGGACAGAGUGGAACUGCCCACAGAAUUUGCAAGGAGUGGCUAGUGGAUUUGAACUGUCGACCUUUUGGUUAGCAGGCAUAGCUGUCAACUACUCUGCCACUAGGGCUUCCAGGAGAGACCAACAAACAGUUCAUAUCUAUGUUAUACAAGUAACUCUUGGGAAUUGCUAAGAGAAUAGAAAUUUUAAGACCCAAAUGAAUUAAUGGUACAAAAAAAAUUUUAAUGCAAUUUACAUAAGUGUCUCAGUUUCCUAGAGCUGCCAUAACAGAAAUAUCACAAGUGAAUGGCUUUCACAAACAGAAAUUUAUUCUCUCACGGUUUAGGAGGCUAGAAGUCUGAAUUCAGGGCUCCAGCCCUAGGGGAAGGCUUGCUUUCUCUGUCAGCUCUGGAGGAAGGUUCUUGUCUCCUUUCAACAUCUGUUGGCCUGGCUUUCUUUGGAAAUCUGCAUGUGUCUCGGCAUCGGUCCUCCCCCUGGAUCUAGGAGGUGCUCAGCACAGGAACCCCAGGUGCAAAUAACAUGCUUCGUUCCCGGCUCUUCUUUCUUGGUUGUAAUAGGUCCCUCCUUGCUCACUUCUCUUUCCUUUUAUCUCUUGUAAGGUAAAAGGUGAUGCAGGGAUUUCCCAGCGAAAUUCCCCUUACAUCUUCUAGGGCUGUGCCCUGAGUAAGGGUGUUGCCUCCCACCCUAAUCCUGCCUCAUUAACAUAACAGACAUAACCUAAUCUUCAACAUGACCUAAUCCUAAUCAGGAGCCCUGGUGGCUCAGUGGUUAAGAGCUACGGCUACUAACCAAAACGGUCACCAGUCUGAAUCCACCAGCUGCUCCUUAGAAACUCUAUGGGGCAGUUCUACGCUGUCCUAUAGGGUCACUAUGAGUCAAAAUCAACUCAACAGCAAAGGUUUUUUUUGUUUGUUUUAAAUCCUUCAUAAUUAACAUAGUGGACAGCUCACUCCCAAAUAAGACCAUAACCCAUAGGCAUAAAUGCUAGGAUUUACAACACAUUGCAAAAUGGAGGACAGCCACACAAUACUAGGAAUCGUGGCUUAGCCAAGUUGAUACAUAUCUUGUGGGGACACAAUUCAAGACAAUAAAUAAACUGGCAAAUAAACCACAGGAAAGUAUUUCUCCUUAAUGGUGCAAAUUAAAAUGAAGUGCUACUUUUUUCUAUUUGUGAAAAAUAAAGUAGUGGUAGAUACUGAUGAGAUUGCAGUGAACCUAGCAUGCUCACUUAUUUUGGAGGCAAUGCGUAUUGUGAAUUGCUUUUCAAACUGAAAAUGGCAAAAAUAGUGCUUUUUUAGCCCUAUUCUUAAAAAACCUUUCUCCUUUUCCAAGAAGGUACACAUUUUCACCCAUGUUUUCUUUUGGUAUUUUGGGGUCAUUGUUUCAUUUCUACAUUUAAUUCUUUGAUCCAUCUAGAUUUUUUUUUUUUUUCUAAUGAGUAAGGUUAGGAUCCAGGUUUAUUAUUUUUCCCCUGGUAAAGACAAUUGUCCCAAUAUCAUUUAUUAAAUAAUCCAUCUUAUUCUGUGCUGAUUUUAAAUGUCCCAUUUAUCAUAUACGAGUAUCUCAGCUCUCCUGGGACUGUUUCAUUGUUCCUUUUCCUGCGUUUUUAAUAGCUUUAUACCGAGAUAUAUUUUGACUUUUGAGGCCCUCUCUAGUAUUGUCAGUCAAUGUUCAUUUUUUCAUGUUUCUUAGCAAUGAUUGUUCUUUCAGGUGAACUAUAGAAAUUUUUUACCAAGUUUCCCCCCCAAAAUCUUCAAAUUCUUUUGGAAUUUGUAUCAACAUAGCAUACAGUAUUUAGAGAUAACUAACAUUUUCCAAAGCUGAAUCUUUUAUAAAAAUGAGGAAUAUUUCUCUUCAAGUCGUAUGUUCCUCAUUAGAGCCUUAUACUUCAUACAGAUACAGGGCAUCUUUACUAUUUAUUUCUUGAUAUUUUAUAUUUUGUGUUGCUGAUGGGGAUGUAAUCUUGCAUUAUGGUUUCUUAAUGGCUGCUUGUAAGACAGCUAUUACAUAGUGAAAUUACAUACUAUCUUUUAAUUCAACCAACAUCUAAACUCCAUUUUUUUCCUGUGAGGUUUUCAGUUGAUUGUGGUUUUCCCGUGUACAACUGCAUCAUCUUUGAAUAAGAAUGAUCUUACCUUCUCAUUGCCAAUAUUAUACUUUGUAUUUUACUCCCUUGUCUUCAGUCUACGAUGAAUUGGUAUAGUUUAUUUCCCUGGAGUGAAAAGAAAAAAAAGAGAGAUCUCCUAAAUCUAUUAAAAGCAGUGACCAUGGGUAAAUCACUUCACCUCAUGGGAGUUGGAUUGAAUUCUACCUACCUUUCUCUCUAAGAGUCAGUGUUUCUUUCUACUUGUGUUAACCAAUAAGGGCAUCCUCUUCCCCAUACAGGUCUUUUUCUUAAUUUCCACCCCAAAAUUAUUACUGGUUGCCAGAAACUCAUUUAAUCAUCAUUUCACACCAAGUUGAAUUGUCUAAGAUUACUGCUUGUGCCACAUUUAAGGUACUGGUUCUUACACCUAAUUGGAAUAUAAAUGGGCACAGGAGAAUAAGAGGAACAAUGAAAAUGUCAACACCACACAAAAAAGCACUACAAAAUGGCAGUAAUAAACUCACCCAUCAAUAAUCACGCUGAAUAUAAAUGGCUUAAAUGCACUCAUAAAGAGAGAGUGACAGAAUGGAUUAAACAAACAGAUCAAUAUGCUAUCCACAAGAGAUACACUUUAGAAACAAAGACAUAAAUAUAUUAAAAAUCAAAGGUUGGAAAAAAAUUAUAUCAAGCCAACAGCAACCAAAAAAGAGCAGGAGUGGAAUACAAAUCUCAGAUAAAAUAGGCUUUAAAACAAAAUCCACCAUAAAAGACAAAAACAUUAUAUAAUGAUUAAACAACAAUCCACCAAUAGGACAUAACAAUAAUAAAUAUCUAUGCACCCAAUGACAGGGCUCUGAAAUACAUAAAACAAACUCUAAUAGCACUGAAAAGAGAAAAUCACACUUCCACAAUAAUAGUAGGAGACUUCAAUACACCACUCUCGGUAAAGGACAGAACAUCUAGAAAGAAACUCAACAAAGAUACAGAAGAUCUAAAGGUCAUAAUCAACCAACUUGACCUCAUAGAUAUGAAUAGACCACAUACAUCUUAGGCCACAAAGCAACCCUCAACAAAAUUCAAAACAUUGAGGUAAUACAAAGUGUCUUCUCUCAUCCCAACACCAUCAAAAUAGAAAUUAAUAACAGGAAGAACAAGGAAAAAAAUCGAAUACAUGGAAACUGAAUAACAUCCUGCUUAAAACGACUGUAGGGUUACUAUGAGUCAGAAUCAACUCGACAGCAGUGGGUUUGUUUUUUUUUUUAAAACCACUGGGUAAUAGAAGAAAUCAAAGAUGGAAUAAAGGAAUUCCAAGAAUCAAACAAGCAUGAAAACACAUCAUACAAAACACAGCAAAGGCAGUGCUCAGAGGUCAAUUUAUAGCAAUGGAUGCACACAUCAAAAAAGACGGGACAAAAUCAAAACAUUAGCUCCACAAAUCAAAUAGAAAGAAACAGCAAAAGAAGCCCACAGCCACCAGAAGAAAGGAAAUAAAUAUCAGAGCAGAAAUAAAUGAAAUAGAGAAUAGGAAAACAACAGAAAGAAUGAACAAAACCAGAUGUCGAUUCUUCAAAAGGAUCAACAAAAUUGACAAACCAUUGGCCAAACUGACAAAAGAAAAACAGGAGAGGACACAACUCGAAUAAGACAUAAAAAUGGGGAACAUUAUGACCCAACUGAAAUAAAAAAGAUCAUAACGGAGUAUUAUGAAAAACUAUAACAAAUUUGAAAACCUAGAGGAAAUGAACAAAUUUCUAGAAACACACAACCUGCACCCAUUGCCAUCGAGUCAAUUCUGACUCAUGGCGACCAUAUAGGACAGAGUAGAACUGCCCCAUAGGGUUUCCAAGGAGUGCCUGGUGGAUUCGAACUGCCAAGCUUUUGGAUAGCAGCCAUAGUUCUUAACCACUGCACCACCAGGGUAUGUAGAAACACACUACAUUCCCAAACUAACACAAACUGAAGUUGAAAAUCUGAACAGACCUAUAACAAGAAAAGAGAUUGAAACCCAAGGUAAUAAU